GCUUUAUCAGACGUCAUUACUGAGCGACCAACAGGAGAAAUGGCUGCAAGGUUACUGCUCCGCUCGGCUUUUAGAGCCGCUACAACCUGCCGGGCUGUCCCGGUGCCUGCUCUGACCCGCGGUGUGACGACUGGAGGGAUCCCGACAGACGAGGAGCAGGCCACUGGUCUGGAGAAGCAAGUCCUGAAGUCCAUGAAAGAGGGGAAGGAUCCCUACAGCAUAUUGAAGCCAAAGGAGUAUGCUGGUACCAAGGACGAUCCCCACCUCGUUCCCUCCGUCACAAACAAGAGGAUUGUGGGAUGUGUGUGUGAAGAAGACAACACAGCUGUGAUUUGGUUCUGGCUUCACGAGGGCGAGGCCCAGCGCUGCCCGUCCUGUGGCUCCCACUACAAGCUGGUGCCCCAUGAGCUCCCCCAUUAACUUAUAACUUAGCUCUGUUACUAUAGAGAUGUUUGGCACAGUGUUAGCUUCUCUGUGAAAGUCUCCUUCAGAACGAGGUGAAGAAGAAUCACAAAGCUAUACUUUCUUCUUCUGUCUCCAGAAACUCUUUGGCUCUGGCUACUUCCUGGUCUUAUUGUAUGAGUCUCUUGUGUGAUUGGUCUUUGCCUGGUUCUGUCACAGUACCUGAUCUACAGUACCUUCUAACCUCAUCAGUCUUUGCUUUACAUGUUAUGUUGUCAGAGGAAUCAGAUGUGUGGGACCCAACUGUUUCUUUCUAAACAUUUCCAUGCAGCUGCAGUUUACGUUGACACGUACUUUACGUUGUUACACUCUGUGCACUUGCUCAUUUUAUUGAACCAAUAAACUUGUUGAACA